UCAUAUCAUUUCAAAUAUUAAGUACAACAUGGAAAACACAUUAUCAAAUGAAAAGGAAGUACCUGUCUUCGGGUGGGCAGCUAGAGAAUCCUCAGGAAUUCUCUCCCCCUUUAGCUUCUCUAGAAGGGCAAAUGGAGAUCGUGAUAUCACCAUAAAGAUACUCUUUUGUGGGGUUUGCCAUGGAGACGUUCAUUUCGCCAAGAAUGAGUUAGGCCAUAGCCUCUAUCCCAUGGUUCCCGGACAUGAGAUAGUGGGUGAAGUAAUGAAGGUGGGCCAAAGUGUGACAAAAUUCAAAAUUGGUGACAUAGCAGGAGUGGGACCAUUAUGUGGUUCAUGUGGUUUAUGUUCCAAUUGCUCCAAAGGUUGGGAAAAUUAUUGCUCCAAACAAAUUUUAACUUAUAAUUCACAUGACCAUGAUGGAUCAAUAACCUAUGGUGGAUACUCAAAUAAAAUAGUGGUUAAUGAGCAUUUUGCUAUUAUGAUGCCAAAAGGGUUACCACUAGAAGGUGCAGCUCCAUUGCUAUGUGCUGGAUCAACAGUUUAUAGUCCAAUGAUGCAUCAUGGACUGUGUCAAAGUGGACAACAUUUAGGUGUAGUUGGGUUAGGUGGACUUGGUCAUGUUGCAGUCAAGUUUGCUAAGGCUUUCAAAAUGAAAGUCACUGUGAUAAGUACUUCUCCUGGAAAGAAAGAAGAAGCUUUGGAAAGGCUUGGUGCUGAUUCAUUCUUGCUCAUGAAUGAUCAACAACAAUUGCAGGAAGCAAAGGACACAAUGGACGGCAUCAUAGACACAGUUUCAGGCCCUCAUUCACUCUACCCAUUAAUUGAAAUGUUGAAGACAUGUGGCAAAUUAAUUUUAGUUGGUGCAUCAGUUACACCUCCUAUCUUGCCAUAUAUGCCUUUAAUGUCUGGGAGGAAGAUAAUUGCAGGUAGUGCUGGGGGAGGAAUGAAAGAGAGCCAAGACAUGAUUGAUUUUGCAGCAAAGCACAAUAUUACAGCAGAUAUUGAAGUGAUUUCAAUGGAUUAUGUGAACACUGCUUUUGAGAGACUUGCAAAGAAUGAUGUUAAAUACCGAUUUGUCAUUGAUGUGGCUAAUACUCUUAAGUAACGGUUCUAGUGUUAAUUUACUUAAUAGGUAGCUAGCUUCAAUGUACUACAUCAAACAAAUAAGUUUGCUAGCUUAGCAAACAGUUUCAGUUAUUGUUCAUUUUAUGUAUUGCAAUAAAAGAAAAGUACUUUACCUAAUUUUUAAUAU